AUGAAGCUCCUAAAGCCACAGUUUCUCAGUGUGGUCUGGAGGCCGGCCCUGGCUGGCAGGCGGGGGGGCUGGCUGCAGAGACCCCGCGGCCCUCCUGCCCCCUGCCGAGCCCUGUCCGCAUCCUGGGGGCUCCGCAAGGAGGCCAGCCAGCCCUCAGGCGGGAGCGCGGAGGGGCUGGACCUGGGCGCGUGGAAGGCGGUGGCGAGGUCGGAGGCGCGGGGGGGCGCUUCCCCGGAGGCAGGGGGGCAAGAGGGGGAGCCCUCCCCGCUGCAGGCCUCCCGGGAGCUGGUGGAGAUGUGGAGGCAGGCGGGCAAGCUGGUGCCGGAGCACCUGGCCGAGGACGAGCUGCGGGCCUUUGGGGAGCUGCCCACCAAGUCCGCCAGGAAGAAGUACCUGAAGUACCUGGCCAUCAAGGAAGGGCACAAGAAGGCCAGGAAGGAAAAAAAGCAGCACAGGGCGUCCGAGAGGGCCGCCGAGAUCUCCAGCAGGGACCCCGAGACGGAGGAGGAGCCCAGCGGGGGGCGUCUCAGGAACACCUUCCUGCUGCAGUUCUGGCAGCGCUCCGUGGACGCCCUGUAUAACUGGCGGGCGGCCCAGGCGAUGCAGUUCGGGCAGCCGCUCGUGUUCGACAUGAGCUACGACCAGCACAUGUCCCGGAGGGAGGUGGAGAACACCGUCUCUCAGCUCCUGGAGUGCGAGGGCUGGAACCGCCGGUCCGCCGACCCCUUUCACCUCUACUUCUGCCACCUGAGGCCCGGGUCGGCCUACCUCCAGGAGCUGGCGAGGCGCUACGGCCCCGCCUGGGAAAGGCUGCUGGUGACCGCCACCGAGCAGCCGCAUGUGGACCUCUUCCCCAGGGACCGGCUGGUGUACCUGACGGCGGACUCGCCCCACAUCCUGAGAGCCUUUGACCACAACAAGGUGUAUAUCGUGGGCGCGAUGGUGGACAGGUCCAUCCAAACCGGCCUCUCGCUGGCCAACGCGAAACGCCUCAAGCUGGCCACGGCCCGGCUGCCCUUAGAUGAGUACCUGCAGUGGGAGAUUGGCGCGAAAAACCUGACUCUGGACCAAGUGAUGCGCAUCUUACUAACGAUGAAAGACACUGGGAAGUGGGAGGAAGCGCUGAGGUUUGUGCCCAGUAGGAAGCACGACGGCUUCUUUGAGGCACAACGGCAGACACAGCAAUGUGGGCGAUCUGGAGCGUCGUUUAACAAACAGAGGACUUUCGUGAGGCAGGAGGCCUUCCAGCCGAGAGCAAGAGCAGCUUUCAAAGGCAGCAAGAGCGGCGAAACCGCUUCCAGGGCGAAGACAAAGAAGAGCUGGUGGGAAGAAGAUUAGCCCUGAUAAAUCUUGAACCCGGCGCUUCAGAAUUUCAGCCACUGCCUUCUAGUGAAAUGAGAUUGUAGAACCUUUUGGGUUUUUUUUCUAGUUAUGCAGAUUUAAGAAAUGGUAUAGAAAAUAAAUCAUGUGCUCUAUAUACUCAAUAAAUCGUGUAAUUGUAAUAAAGCAUUUCAGCAA